AACGCCGGCAAACUAACCUCGACACAUACAACCUGACCUAAAGCAACCGAACCGACGAUGGUCAAAAUAGAGGAAUUGAAACUGGACGACGGUGAUGACGGUUUUGUGACGGAAUCGGACGGCUCAUCGACCUCAGAUCCAUCGGAAGCUGAUCAAGCCGACGAUCGGUCCUCGGCGGAUUCGGAUGAUGAGGAGCUACAACGAUCGCUUGAAAUGUACAGGGUCGAGGAUGAGACGAUUGUGGAUCGGAUAUACGCCCUGCGGGAUAUCAUCAGACCAACCACGAGGGAAUCGAUCUGUGAGCGAUGGAAUUCGAUCUGGGAGAAGUCCUCCUCAACCGGUAGGACCCUCGGCAACCUUGCCUGGGUACUCACCACCAGCAUCAUCCUUGUUGGCCUACCUAUGGCACUCUCCAUCGAGGCCGAAAGCAUGCUUGUCUCUCACGAAAAAGAGAUGGAGAGGCAGCGACAGGGUCAACACACACUCACCACCUCGGGUACAACCCCCAACGGUGAUGCGAAUCAACCCCCUGCAGCCUUCUCGUAAUCGGUGUACUUUUUCCUCCAUUCCCUUAACAAAAAUCCCCUGUGCUAUGCUAGAUUCCAAUCAAUUAUCCCAUCUUCCUUUCGAGACCUGCCCGAGUGAUUAAUGUAUCAGAACACCCUACACCCUCACCGUCUUGAUGCUUGGCUUGGAUAUGCAAGCUCAGGACAUCAGAACGGUCGAUUUCUGCUAUGAUUUAUUCACUGAAUUGGCCAGAGUGACACCGGGAACACACCGAUUUCCACUCAUCUGGCACCUUCACAAACGUCAAAUCAAUGAGCAGAUUCAAUAAAGAGCAGUGUCAUUGAACACUUGCGCCUU